CAUAUAAUAUAUAUUAUUAUACUCAUAAGUAAAACCAAUAUCUUAGCCGUUAAAAAUCCCCCCACAGAGCUUCUUCACCAUUCAACCCUUUUUUGUAUUCAUCAGAAAAAUUCAGCGGCCCUAAAAAAAACUCGAUCGGAGAAAAGAGGAGAGAUAAAAUAUAAAAGAGGGGAAAAAUGAAUUUCAAGCCGCCGGAGGCGCGGUCAGCCUCUUCGACGGCGACGCUGUACGGCUCGGGCAGCUCUACCGUAACGGCGGAGAAAGCCUUAUCUUUCAUAUCGAAGGGGUGGCGCGAGGUCCGCUCUUCCGCCGACGCCGAUCUCCAGUUGCUGAAAAACCGUGCCAACUCAUUCAAAAACCUAGCCGACAGAGAACUCGAGAAUUUUCUAAACUCCGCCUCCAAAUCGCCCUUCAGUGUUCCGUCGAUUACCGCUUCCGCCACCCUGAAUCCCGCCCCCCACGCUGAAAUUGACUUCGUCAGGAAGCUCCAGCCGAAAUUAUCGGAAAUCAGGAGGGCGUAUUCGUCGCCGGAUUUCAAGUUCUACCCUCGGCCGCAGAUUAAGGUGAAUUUGUCCUCGAUUAGGAACGCGAUUGUUGCUGAGGUGGGCGAGGAUGAAGUGGAGGAUGAGAGUGAUAGGUUCACGAAUAGUAGUACUACGACGAGGGUGAGGUUUAAGGAGAGGGCGAGAGAGGAGGGGCAAUUUGGGGAGUUCUGGGAACCAAUAAAGACUAUAAAAUCAAGGUUGAGGGAAUUGGAGAACAAGAGCUCCAGUGAGAUUCUGGAGGGGAUUAAGAAUAGUGAGUUCGUCGAGAAAGUCAAGUCUAGCCUGAAAGCAAUUUGCAAGGAUCCAUAUGAGUCAAAGGAAGUUCCACCCCUUGAUGUACCAGAAUUGCUGGCGUGUUUGGUGAGGCAGUCUAGCCCCUUACUGGAUCAAUUUGGCAUUAAUAAAGGCAUAUCUGACAAGAUAGUGGAAAGCUUGUGCAGCAAACGCAAAAACCAACUUCUGCUACGUUCCUUACCUGCAGGAGAGUCAUCUAUGAUUGAAAGUGAGAACAUCAAUGAUGAGCUGGAUAUAAGGCUAGCCAGUGUUGUCCAGAGUACAGGGCACUGUUACGAAGGUGGCUUUUGGAAUGGAUUUUGGAGUGACUUUGGAAAACACGAUGUGUCGGACAAAAAGAGGCAUGUUGCCAUUGUCACCACCGCCAGCCUUCCUUGGAUGACAGGAACAGCUGUCAAUCCACUAUUCCGUGCAGCGUAUUUAGCGAAAUCCGCUCAGCAGAAUGUCACUCUUUUGGUUCCAUGGCUUUGUAGAUCCGAUCAAGAGCUUGUUUAUCCAAAUAACCUCACUUUCAGCUCCCCAGAGGAGCAAGAAUCUUAUAUACGAAGUUGGCUCGAGGAAAGGGUUGGCUUUAAAGCUGACUUUAAUAUUUCCUUUUACCCUGGAAAGUUCUCAAAAGCAAGGCGGAGUAUUAUACCAGCUGGAGAUACGUCUCAGUUCAUUUCGUCGAAGGAUGCUGACAUUGCAAUUCUAGAAGAACCGGAACAUCUGAACUGGUACCAUCAUGGUAAACGCUGGACCGAUAAAUUCAAUCAUGUGGUCGGCGUUGUUCACACAAAUUACCUGGAAUACAUCAAGAGAGAAAAGAAUGGCGCUCUCCAAGCUUUUCUCGUUAAACACAUAAACAAUUGGGUUGUGAAAGCAUACUGUCACAAGGUCCUUCGUCUAUCAGCUGCAACUCAGGAUUUACCGAAGUCUGUGAUUUGCAAUGUUCAUGGUGUAAAUCCCAAAUUCUUGAGGAUUGGAGAAAAAGUAGCUGCAGAAAAGGAGCGUGGAGAGCAGACUUUUUCGAAGGGAGCGUAUUUUCUAGGUAAGAUGGUAUGGGCAAAAGGGUACAAAGAGUUGAUAGAUUUGUUAUCGAAGCACAAAAAGGACCUCGAUGGAUUCAACUUGGAUGUAUAUGGCAACGGAGAGGAUGCACAUGAAGUCCAGAGCACUGCGAAAAGGCUAAAUUUGAGCCUCAACUUUAUGAAAGGCAGAGACCAUGCGGACGAUUCUCUACAAGGUUACAAAAUCUUCAUAAAUCCAAGCGUGAGCGACGUGCUCUGCACAGCUACAGCAGAGGCUCUCGCAAUGGGAAAAUUCGUCGUUUGUGCUGACCACCCAUCGAACGACUUCUUCAGGGAAUUCCCCAACUGUUUGACCUACAAAACCCCCGAAGACUUUGUCGAAAAAGUCAAAGAAGCCAUGGCCAACGAACCUCAGCCCCUCACCCCCGAGCAAAGGUACAACCUUUCUUGGGAAGCGGCCACGCAAAGAUUCAUGGAAUAUUCCGACCUCGACAAGAUUCUGAGCAAUUCAGGUGUCGACAGACGUUUCGGUAGGAGAAAUAGCGGUCUGACCAAAUCGGCCUCGAUGCCGAACCUGAACGAACUAGUCGAUGGAGGGCUUGCGUUUGCGCAUUACUGUCUCACAGGAAAUGAGUUUCUUAGGCUGUGCACAGGGGCAACCCCGGGAACGAGGGAUUAUGAUAAACAGCACUGUAAAGAUCUUCGUCUCUUGCCUCCGCACGUAGAGAAUCCUAUAUACGGGUGGUAGAAACUGAUACGUGACGAAUUGUAAAUCGUUAUUCUGCAUCGUAUAAGGUUUUAGAUAUUAGGGUAUAUCACAGCAUUAGCUUGGACUUGGAUUUCGAUAUCGAUAAUGCUUAAAUAUUCAUAUAUAUUUUUUGUUUUCGUCUCCCGUCGUUUCGAUCUGUAGUGAUGGAAGGGUUGGUUACACAGUAUGGAGAUAGGUGUGUUGAAUGUAAAUAUAGCUUCAUCAGAACUCUUGUCUCAGUUUCUUUAUUUGCUUCUCUACGAUAUAAUUCAUAAAUUAUUUU